GUCGAGCAUCUACAACGACAUAUACCUUUUUCUCCACACCAUAAACAGCAAUGGCUUUCACACCCAGAGGCGGACGUGGCGGUGGUGACCGUGGUGGUCGCGGAGGCUUCACUCCUCGCGGUGGACGCGGCGGUGCUCGCGGCGGCGGUCGCGGUGGCUUUGGCGGCGACCGUGGUGGCCGUGGAGGCGCUCGCGGAGGCCGUGGUGCUCCUCGCGGUGGUGCCCGUGGUGGACGUGGUGGUGCUCGCGGCGGCGCCCGUGGCGGAGCUAAGGUCAUUGUCGAGCCCCACCGUCACGCCGGUGUCUUCGUUGCUCGCGGAAAGGAGGAUCUCCUCGUCACCAAGAACCUGACCCCUGGCGAGAGUGUCUACGGCGAGAAGCGCAUCAGCGUUGGAGCCGAGAAGGCCGAGAACAGCGAGGAUGCUGCUCCCUCUGCCAUCGAGUACCGUGUCUGGAACCCCUUCCGUUCCAAGUUGGCUGCUGGUAUCCUCGGUGGUGUCGACAACAUCUACAUGGGCCCUGGCUCUAAGGUCCUCUACCUCGGUGCUGCCUCUGGUACCUCCGUCUCCCACGUUGCCGAUAUCGUUGGCCCCGAGGGAACUGUCUUCGCCGUUGAGUUCUCCCACCGCUCCGGUCGUGAUCUGAUUAACAUGGCCACCCACCGCACAAACGUCAUCCCCAUUGUCGAGGAUGCCCGUCACCCCCUCAAGUACCGUAUGCUUGUCGGCAUGGUCGACUGCAUCUUCGCCGAUGUUGCCCAGCCCGAUCAGGCCCGUAUCGUCGGUCUUAACGCCGGUCUCUUCCUGAAGGUUGGCGGUGGUAUCGUCAUCUCCAUCAAGGCCAACUGUAUUGACUCGACCGCCGCACCUGAGGCUGUCUUCGCCCAGGAAGUCGCCAAGCUGAGGGAGAUGGGCAUCAAGCCUAAGGAGCAGCUUACCCUCGAGCCCUUCGAGCGUGACCACGCCAUGGUCGUUGGUGUCUAUGAGCGCGCCAAAUAGAGGGUUGAUACGAUCUUGUUGUUUUGUUAAUGAUGCAUGAGCAUAUACCUGUACUUCUGGGAUGGGAUCGGCGUUUGGGGGCACCGGAGCUCACACUAUUUACCAAAAGGCUUGGAUGAAUCUCU